UAAUUUUUUACUCUUCCGUCUCCUUCAUUCCAAACAGAACAUCGCUCUCAAACCAAUAAAACACAUGCAAGUUACAACAUGAAGAAAAUAAUCAUAAUAUUCUUCAAAUUCGUGUCUGCGACUUGGAGUCUUGAUUCUAAUCCACCUACGCUACGGUUCAAUCAUUCCGUUGCUGGCACUACGUGGCAGCUCUGGGAACCGAGUGAUAGCAUUCCUGAUUUUGUUUCAAAUACGAGUCGUCAGUUCGGUUUGGAAUGUGAGGCACCUUAUCCGAUUCAGAUCAAUGUUGAAGGAUUCAUUGGCAAGUCGCCAAAAUAUCAGUAUUGGAAAAUUAAUCGACGCGAAUCAGAAAAUUCCACCGUAACGAGAUUUAGUGCCUUUGUAAGAUUUGAUUAUACAUCUCAAUUUCUUGGCCUCGCUGCUGCCCUCGUAUGUCAAGGAUCUCCCCGACUGAAAAGUUCUAUGAGAAUUUUUAUUAAAGAUAAAUGUGUGAUGCCAAACUGCAAAGAAACGCUGAUAGUGGUGGAUAGCACGCUCAUUCCUUGUCCAACAACAAACCCGGAUGUGGUCAUACGCCUACGACAAAUUGCAGCAAAUAAGACGCUGCAACGUGUAAAUUAUACAACCUAUGAUCCGACCAGAGGCUUCCAAUUAUCGGAGCCAAUCCAAGGAAAUUUUACUUGCACCACAGGCGAUGAAACGGUCUCGGUAAUUUCUAAAGUGACAAAGUACGAAAACUUAACGUCUUAUUCCCCCGGAUCAGCCUCAUUAGUUCUUGGCUAUGUGAAUGAGCCACUCCAUUUCACCUGCAAGUCACCCAACUCAAUCGAAAUCUUAAAUAAUGACCCCCAUCUGGUCUUUAACUUCACCUUGGACAGCGAGGUUGAGAAACACUUCUCCGUUGCACGAACCCAACCCACCAGGGUGGGCAAGAGAACGGAGGAGGCAGCAUGGUCAAACAUCCGGGAAGGGAAUGGAAGCAGGAAAACGAGAAAAAUAUCUUGUGUAAAUCCGGAUCAAACGAGGAAUAAUGUUACAGAAAUCGUUUCCUGGUUUUACGACAUUAUCGACUUUCCUCCGCUUUGCACCGUGCGACGGAUUGAACUUUUUGUGGCCACGCGCAUUUUCAACUUUCCCGUAAGGAUAUCAUGUGUUCUCUAUAUCUCUGUUAUUCCCCAUAAUAUCCAUUCCUGCACGAUAAUGCAAUGUUCGCCCGAUUUUGAACCGAGGAAUCGAAAUAUGAAGAGAAGCUUCCUUCGUGGACAUGAUGAAAAUUACUUGGUUAAAUGA